CUGUCCGAUUCAUGUGUCCAUCUGAUCCCUCCUCUUCCUCCGUACGGUAUGGGCAAAGAAUAUUUUGCUCAGUAUUCUCCUGUCCAUGGAGCGGACGACGAGGAUGCGAAGCUUCUCCAUAGGGGUAUAGAAACCGGAUCUCAUUCAAAGUCCCGCUGCCUUCACGUAUCGCUAUGGCUCAUACAUGGUGUACUGAUAUCCACAACGUUUCUCUUUUUCACGCUAUGGGCACGGGCACCUUUGAAGGGUGACAUACUCCUGUACUCUCCAGCAAACGAGGCUAUUGAAUCUAAAGGCAUUGUGAGGUUCAAUGGAAGUUGGGAUCAUCGUUCGGCAUAUCGCGGCAGUCCGUCUCCAGAUCUCGAAGUAGCUUGGGAUAGAGUGACUGCCGAUGGGCGCCUAUUGGCUAUGACGCUCGAACAACUACUCAGAACAGGGGAAGAACCUGCCCAAUUCAUGGCUAGGUUUCCGGAAGAGUACGGCGGAAAUUAUCUGGCGACAGUAGAGGUCAUUCACCAGCUCCAUUGCAUAAACAUGGUUCGCCAAUCCACUUGGGGUGACCAUUACACGGCACACGAUCCUGACUUCGUCCGAUCACCUGACGGAUGGCGCAUCCAUCUUGAUCACUGCGUCGAAAUUCUCAGACAGGUCAUUAUGUGCCGCUCUGAUGUAACAAUAGUUACUUACGAUUGGGUUGAGGGACUCGAUAAUCCUUACCCAAACUUCAACGUUCCUCAUCAAUGUAGGGACCUCGAGAAAAUCUUGGAUUGGGUAGAUGGACACCGUGUUUACGUUCCUCAUUCGACGUUGAUCCGCCAAGAGGGUAAUGUUGACCUUCCUUCCCCCCCUUGAUUGUAUUCUCGACCCAUAGAGGACCCACAGGGAGCAUAGUAUCACACCACGAAUGUAAAAUGUAACCACGAAGACGCAUAACUUUGCUAUAAGUUGAGUUCCAUAGUACUUACAGGCUGUCGCACAAUAAACUGCCCUUCAAUAUCG